UUGAUUCACACAGAGUGAUUCAUUCAGGAAGUAAACUGUACUGAUCUGAUCUGACGGACUGUGACACGGAGAUUUGUCAGAAAAUGUCGCAUUCAGUGGGAAAACAUGAGAGAGAACAGGAACCAUCAGGAAGACACAGUCCUGAUGGGGACCGUCCAAACAUGUCCACACUGAGGAUGGUGCUGGUGGGGAAAACUGGAGCUGGUAAAAGUUCUUCAGGAAACACCAUCCUGGGCAGGAAAGUCUUCAUAGCCGCAAAGAGUGGAUCAUCCAUAACUAAAGUGUGCUGGAAGGAGACUGGAGAUGUAGCUGGGAGGGAGCUGGUGCUGGUGGACACUCCUGGACUGUUUGAUACUGAACUUUCUGAGAAAGCGCUGAAACAGGAGAUCAGUAAGUGCAUUAACAUGAUGGCUCCAGGACCACACGCCAUCAUCCUGGUGAUCUCACUCGGCCCCUUCACCGAGGAGGAACGUCUCUCAGUGGAGAAGAUCAGAGCACUUUUUGGAGAAGAAGCAGAUAAACACACCAUGAUCCUCUUUACACAUGGUGAUGACCUGAGCUGCAUGAUUAAAGAGUACCUCAGAAGCGCUAACGAGCCCCUCAAAGACCUGAUUAGACGAUGUGGACAGAGAUAUCAUGUCUUUAACAAUAAAGACGUCCAGGACCGCACACAGGUUGUGGAGUUCUUGGAGAAAGUAGACAGCAUGAUUUUAAUGGAACAUGGUACAGUUUCUGGUCUCCCAGUGACUGUUUACGACACUCCAGGGUUCUGUAACACUGAGCUGAGUGAUGAUCAGGUCAUACAGGAAUGUCAGAAGGCCUUCAGCUCAUGUGAGUCAGAAUCAGACAUCUGUACAUAUCUACUGGUCAUCAGGGCAGAUAGAUUUACUGAGGAAGAUCUGAAAGCUGUGCAGAAAACCGAGCUUCUGUUAGGACCACAGCGUCUGGAAAAGACCUGGAUCCUCUUCACUGGAGGAGAUGAACUAGAGGAAGAGGAACAGACCAUAGAGAACUUCAUCAUUAAUACAGAAUCUCUGAUGGAGCUGAUGAAGAGAUACAGUUACAGACACCACGUCUUCAACAACAAGAUGUCCUGUAAAAAAACAAAAAGUGACCAAGCUAAAGACCUUCUGAACAAAAUUGUCAAGAAAUAUAUUAAAUCUGCACCACAUCGGAAGAGAACAAGACCACAGAACACCAACAGCAGUUCUGACCUGAGGAUUGUGCUGUUAGGGAAAACUGGAUGGGGGAAGAGCUCUACAGGAAACACCAUCCUGGGAGAGGAGAAAUUCAGAUCUGAACUCAGUUUGAACUCUAUCACCAGAAAGAGUGAAGCUCAACAUGGCCUUGUUGAGGACAGGAAGGUGUGUGUGGUCGAUACUCCAGGUUUCUUUGACACAGAUGUUGAUCCUGUAGUAACAACUUGUGAGAUACGGAAGAGUAUGUCUUUGUCCAGUCCAGGACCUCACGCUUUCCUCAUUGUUCUGCCACUGAAUAUAAGGUUCACAGAACAGGAAAAACACAUUAUUCAGCAAAUUGAAGCGUUAUUUGGAGAUGAAGUGAGGAAAUAUGCAAUGGUUCUCUUCACCCAUGGAGACCAGUUAAAGAGGGUAAAUGUCGAGACAUUCAUUAAAAAGAAUAAGGCUUUAAGUGACCUUGUCCAGCAGUGUGGAGGUGGAUAUCAUGUGUUUAAUAAUAAAGAGCUGACAAACAGAGAGCAGGUCAGUGAGCUACUGCAGAAGAUAGACAGGAUGGUGGAGAGGAACGGAGGAACCUGUUACUCCAAUCAGAUGUUUGAGGAAGCAGACAGUUCUACGACAAAUUACUGGAAAUGGAUUAUUGUAAUUCUUGCCAUGGGUGUUGGUGCUUGUGUUGGUGCUUGUGUUGGUGGUUGGGGUGGUGGUUGGGUUGGUGCUCGGGUUGGUGCUGCUAUUGGUUGUGUUGGUGGUGGUGCUAUAGGCUAUUAUUUGUCUAAAUAAUUCUAAAAUAAAAAGUAGAUGAUCUGAAAUAAGACUUGUGAUUAGAAUGAACACCAGACCUGGUUACUCUGUCUGAAUUAUUCUCUCAUAUUAAAUCAGAUUUCAUUUAGAUUGUUAUACUGAAUUUUACAAAUCCUGUCUAAAUCACCUAUAACCUGUAAAAUGUAUAAUCAUGUGUACUGUAAUAAAAUGUGUUAGUGAACACUGUAGAGUUCAUAUAUAUAGUCUUUAUAUAAUCAGUGAGAAAAAUAAUAAUAAUAGGUGUUUAUGUGUGAGUAGAAUCUAUAUUGUGUUUCUUUUCCUCAGCUGUGCAGUGGCAGGUUUACGGCCAGUGUACAGAAUAGAAUCAUUUUAAAUCUGUAUCUUAAUAAAUGUGUCAAGUCUCUCAACAUGAUGUGUACUAAUGAUGUGUGCACUAAUAAAACAUUACUGUCAGUAGUAA